AUGGACGCUUCCGACAGUCAACGCCCAGCCAAGCGACGCCGCAUCAGCGAAAAGCCUUCACGCACCACCGAGUACCUCGAUUUGACAAAGACUCUGCGCCCGGAAGACAAGACCCAACUUGAUCGCGUCUUGAACGUUUUGCACAAGCGCCAGAAGAUCGUUGUUGUCGCUGGCGCUGGUAUUUCCGUAGCGGCUGGCAUCCCCGACUUCCGUUCGUCAACCGGUCUUUUCAAUUCCCUCCGCGCCCAGCACAACCUUAAGGGCUCUGGAAAGGAUCUUUUCGACGCGUCACAUGUUUACAAAGAUGCUUCUUCCACCGCUUCUUUUCACCAAAUGGUCCGAGAAAUGUCCCACAUGACCAAAUCCGCUCAACCCACACUGUUUCACCAGAUGUUAGCCACUCUUGCACAACAGGAUCGCCUUCUACGUCUAUACUCACAAAAUGUCGAUGGAAUUGACACGUCUCUAGAGCCAUUAGCGACGCGUAUCCCUCUGAAAAAAGAAGAAGGUAAAUGGCCAAAAACAAUUCAACUGCAUGGUGGACUCGACAAAAUGGUUUGCUCAAAGUGUCACGAGAUUUCCGAUUUCGACGCAAAAUGUUUCGAGGAUUCUGUACCGUCUGUCUGCACCAAUUGCGAGGAGCUUAACAGGGUUCGCACCGAGGUCGCAGGAAAACGCAGCCACGGCGUUGGUAUGCUGCGACCCCGCAUGGUCCUGUACAACGAACACAACCCAGACGAUGAGGCCAUUGGAGCUGUAACCCGUGAGGAUCUUCGCAAGCGUCCGGAUGCUAUUAUUGUGGUUGGUACGACUCUCAAGGUUCCUGGUGUCAAGAGAAUUGUACGUGAAAUGUGCGCAACUGUCCGCGAUAGAAGAGACGGUGUAGCCAUCUGGAUCAACGCGGGUCCUGAACCGUCUGGGAAAGAAUUCGAGGAUUGCUGGGACAUCGUAGUCAAAGGCACUUGUGAUGAGAUU